AUGACUUUUACAGCGGUGGACGCCUCCGGUCGCUACAACUCGGGAGCCUACAGCGGCCGCCGGCACUGGCUGGGCUCCAAACAGCAGUGCCUUGACCUGGAUAAGAACAGAAGUGGCAGAGAGGAAAAAGAGGCCCUGGCAAAAUUUCGAGACGAUGAGUACCUCAACGCGGUGCUACGGAAGGACUUUAGUCAAGCAGGGUCUGACCGACCGUUGACCGAGCUGGAAAAGCUUCGAACCAAAGAGGGCAGAGAGCCUCCCGUCCGCCUGGCCUACUCCGUCGUGCGGCUACAUCUUAACAUCACCAAGCUCGCCAUGGUUAAGAGCCUCGAGGUCGUCCAAGGCCUGUGCCUCCCCCGCUCCUGCUCACCAGAAGACAUCACAGCUAUCAUCAACUUCUCCAUCAUGAUCACCGACACCCUCAAAUCCAACCGCACCACCCCGAGAACAGUCACCGUCAUCACCUCCCGACGCAUACAAGCCUCUUACGACCUCACACAUGACUAUCCAGCUAUUGCCCUUUCAGCGCUCACUUUAACCUUAAUCAUUCUGUCUAUAAUAGCCACCUUAGUAGACUUCGACUUACUAAAAUGUCGCAAAAAAGUAGUAUCCAAAACAUUCAACGUCCAAAAAUACAACAACGAUCUGCAAGAAAGCAGUCACAAACCAGAACUGACAAUCAACAAUAUAGAACACUCAAAUAUCAAUCUUAUGACGCUGAAAAAAUAUAAGCAAAACGCGAUGCCUCAUACGCUCGACGUAGUAUCUUUAGAGAAUACUAAUAGUUGUAAGCGGUGCGGGAAGUAUAAGAAGCAAUGCGUUAAUCCGAUAAAGAGUGAAGCCUACCAACCUUGCCCCCGGGUCAGAUAUGAUAACUCCAUAGCUAGCUUGAGAGUUAAAAGGAGUGUAUCGCAAUAUCUGCUGCUCUGUUUCUCCUUGAACUAUGGGUGGAAGAGGAUUUUCAACACGAAUAUGGCGAAUAAGGACCUGUCUAUAAUGCAUGCGUUCAGGAUCGCGACGACUUUCUGGGUGGUGUUCAUUCAUGUGGCGACGAUGGUCAGCUAUUUGUCAGACAACGGUUCAGAGAUGAACAGCCAAAACAAUGUGUUCAUGAUUCUAGCCACAGGUUCCUUGGCAUUCGACACGCUAUUUUUCGUCAGUGGCCUCUUCAGUUCCUACCACUUCUUCUACUUGAAGAGCCAAUACAGUGUUGAGGAGUUGGUGAGCUUCGGUGGAGUCUGCGGGCAGAUCCUCCAGCUGUUCUGCUUCAUCACCAACCGGGCUGUUAGGCUCCUCCCGUCCUAUCUGUACGCGAUCUUCCUAGCAUCAGUGCUAUCGCGCGCGACGCACGACACGGCAGCGCUCGAGCUGCCGGGCCGCGACCGGGACUGCGACGUCACGUGGUGGAGGAAUAUACUGUACAUCACCAACUUGUACCCUCAGGAUCAGCGGUGCCUGCAAGUGUCUUGGUACCUUACCAUGGAGACGCAACUCCACGCAGCCGGCGCGUUGCUCUGUGCUUUAGCAGUGCGCCGUCGCGCCGCUCUGACUUUGGCUUCUAUCGUCGUUCUGACGGCCACUGCGACCGAUGUCGCGUCUGCUUUUGGAGAUUACAAUAAACCUAUGGCAGACAUGUUUGCGGCAUACUAUGUGAUGCUGGAGCGGCCCUGGGCGCGAGUGGCUCCGUACUUCACCGGCGUCUUCGCCGGGUGGUUAGUUAGAAGGAUGGACGGACAACUCAAGGUGUCAAAAGUGACGUCUGCAUUCCUUUGGCUAGCGUCUCUGUCAGCGCUGAGCGUAGCAUCGGCGGUGCCGUGGGCCGGGCCAGCCUGGGUGUCUUGCUUCCUACAUCUACUCUGGCCUGUGGUUCUGCUAUGGCCGGCACUGGUGUGUGCUACGAACUAUGCUGGUCUAAGCCGCCAGCUCCUGGACUCUGGGCCAGUAGCAGCGCUCAGCAGACUCUGCUACAGCGUGCUCCUCUUACACGGACCUAUCACAAGAACGGUUCUCCUCAGUGUGGACGGGGCGCUGUGCUCACAGACUCUGUGCAUUUGGUCGUACUUCGCGGGCACAACGCUGAUCACCCUACUGGCAUCCCUCCUCCUGUCCCUUCUGGUGGAAAUGCCGUGCUGCAGCCUCCUACGCCGGCUCUCUGACUGUGCUACUAGUUAAAUAUUACUCUUUAAACCUAUGAUUUAUAUUAGUAGUUUUCAAACUUUUUUCAUAGCGCGCCAAAAUUUUAAGGAAUUUUAAGAGGGCCAGGCAGGCAAGUAUGGUCGCGCGGCAAAUGAUAAAACAUCAGGCCGUCCCUAUCCCACUAUUUGUAAGUGCGAUAGGAACGGCCAGAUGUUUUAUCAUUUAUCGCGUGAAAAGACUUGCUUGCCAGGUUUCCAUUUUACUACAUUGCUGGCCUUAUAAAAUACUAUUUUGAAGGUUUGGUGGUAGCCGUAUAAAAACCUUUCACGGGCCGGAUAUGUACUUUGCCUACCACUGGUCUGUAUCCAGUAAUUAUGAACAUUUGUCCAGUCUUGGAGAUGACUCAGAGGAAACUUGAAUGAUCACUCAAUAAUUACGAGAAAAAGGGGCAGCUUUAAACGGACGUUUAGAGUUAAAAGGAAUGCUUUUCGGCCUAUCUAAUGGGCCUUAUUUUAUUAUGUUACAUAUAUGAGUAAAUACUUGUACUCUUUCUUCUAGGUCACGUCAGUGUCCCAUAGAAAAGUGGACAUUGUGCUCCUAAGCAAUCUAGACAAAGAGCGCGUGGUCACCAGAUGUAUGACAAAUUUAAGGGCCCAUUUAGACGGUACGAGAACUCGCAUUACGAGUUUUUUUACAUUGCGGUAUUGGCUGUGCAAAAUUGUAUGUAACCUCAACAUCUUAUGCGAGUUCGCACGCUGUCUAAUUCAAGCUUAACUGGUAAAAUACUACGAAAUUAUUACAUAGUAUAACCAGGGACUGCUGAGUACAUGCCGGUGGCCGCGAGUUCGCGACCCAUUCAGUGGUGACGAGUUGACGACCUUCCCGACCUUUAAUGUCGAUAGAAUUCAAUGUCGGGUGCUCGCGCGCGGUCCGUUUGUUAAUGUAGGUAAGAAUUUAGAAUGGUGGCAUUUUGUGACCAUCAAAGGAGUGAGCCUU